GCGGAGCGGGGCGCGGGCGGGAGCGGGGCCUCGCCCGGCGCAGCCUCAGCCUUUCCCCUCCUGCCUCUGUCUGCCAGCCCCGCCUGGCGCCGGGAGGGCCCCUGCCCGUGCACCCCCGAGGCGACCCCGGCCCUCUCACGCCCCUUCCCGCCCUGCCGUCCCCAGGAGCUGUCCGUGCUCGCUGCGGCGCUGGUCGUGGGCGCCUCGGUCUUGCUGUUCGUCUUCAAGGCGGCGAGGACGCGGGCUCCCAUCACGCUGAGGGAUCCCAACACCAAGUAUCCGCUGGCCCUUGUGGAGAAAGAGGAGAUCAGCCACGACACCAAGCGUUUUCGGUUUCGACUUCCAUCGCCAGAUCACGUAUUGGGGUUACCAAUAGGCCAACAUGUUUCUCUUUCUGCCAAAAUCAAUGGUAGUUUGGUGAUCCGGGCCUACACACCAGUUUCCAGUGAUGAAAUAAAAGGUUAUGUUGAUUUAAUUAUAAAGGUCUACUACAAGAAUGUCAAUCCUAAGUUCCCUGAAGGUGGAAAGAUGUCCCAGUACUUAAACAGCAUGAACAUUGGAGAUACUAUUGACUUCAGAGGGCCAAAUGGACUUCUUGUGUAUAAGGGGCCAGGUAAAUUUGCUAUCAAGCCUGACAAGAAGUCUGAAGCACAGAUAAAGUUUGCAAAGCAUCUUGGGAUGAUAGCUGGGGGAACAGGAAUUACACCGAUGUUGCAGCUGAUUCGUCACAUCACAAAGGACCCCAAGGAUGACACAAAAUGUUACUUACUUUUUGCUAAUCAGACAGAAAAAGACAUACUAUUAAGAACAGAGCUAGAGGAGGUUGCUAAGAAGCACCCCAGUCAAUUUAAACUGUGGUACACACUGGACAGGCCUCCUCAAGAUUGGAAGUACAGCUCUGGUUUCAUCACUGUGGACAUGAUUAAAGCACAUCUUCCUCCACCUGGCAAUGAUUCCAUCAUUCUGAUGUGUGGGCCACCUCCUAUGAUUCAGUUUGCUUGUCAGCCCAGUCUGGACAAACUGGGUUAUUCCAAAAAUAACAAGUUUGCUUAUUAACAUGAAAAGGCAUUGAACAAUGUCAGUAAGCAUACUAUAUUCCUGGCACAUGCUGUGAUAAUCCUCUAUACUGCAGCUCUUUUAGAGCAAUGUAAUGCUCUGAUGUAGACUCUACUCCUUUUUAAGUUGAAUGUCAAGAAUUUUAUUGCCUAGGUACUUAAAUCUGUUGUGUUCCUACAUAAAUUUUCAGUAUUAUAACACA